AUGAGCGGAUUAAUACACUGUCAAUUUAAACAUAUACCAUCGAAGAGAGAUGCUGAACAACUUGCUUCCAAUAUUGAAACUUUUGUACGUCCAAAAACCUUUGAUAAGGAAGGUAUAAAAAAGUGUGGAGAAAAUGGAAAUGAUGAAAUUGAAUUUACAUUGACACGUGAAGAGGCUAAUAAAGUUCGUGAAAAAUUUAAACAAGUAUUACCAAAUGAAAAUUCAUCUGUCUGGUUUACCAUUCUCUCGAAUCCUCUUGAUUCACUUAUGUCACAUUCAUUAGAAACAACUACGGCUGAUGUUUACCAGCAAGGAACACCAUUUUCUGCAUCAUGUCAAUUUGGUUCACUUCGAUCAUAUAAUCAAUUUUAUUCACAUAAUUCAUUCAAUGGUAAAGUUGUUAAACUUUCGUUUAUACCAUCAACAAAGCCAGAUACUUUACAUAUUGAAUUUGAUGAUAUACGUAUAGUUAUUCCAUUUGUUUCGAUUCAGAAAAAAAAUGUAUUAGUUAAUAAAGAUAAUGCAGAAGAUGGAAUUUAUGUUUUACUUCCACUUAAAUAUGCGCCGAAUGUUUUCAAAAUGGAACCGAUCAAAGGUGAAGAUAAAACCACUAAAAACUCAAAUAAGAAACCAGUUCGAAUAUGUGCUGGUCAACGAAAUAUUGACUCUAUCAAAGAUAUUGAACUAUGUUCUGAUUUGGUAUUUUAUUUUGUACCACCAAAAGAAAGAGCUUGGAAGUUUCUUUCUUAUUUUUUAUUCGGUCAAUCCGAACAAAAUCAUAUUAAUUUUUCGACUUUCAAAAUAUCGGACUGGUCAACAGAAAAUAAUAAAAAACAAAGACCUGACCCAUUUAAUUUUGGAAAUGCAUCAUUUCAAGAUCGUUAUGCUUUACAAAUGCUUAUUUCACUUGGAUUUGUAUUUCGAGAUAAAUGGGCUCAAUUGACUGACCAAGUAUUAAAUUGGAAUAAAUGGAAUCUCGACGAACGUUAUACUUUAUGUUGUUAUGCAGUUGAACAAUUAUGUAACGAUCAUGGAUAUGAUUUAACACGAACUGCAAGAGAUUAUAAUGAAACAAGAAGAAGAAGAGCAGUUAGUAAUAUGGACGAACAGGCAAUAUUAGUUGGAAACAGAGAACGACUUAAAGUUGCUACUUGUACAUUAACACCAUUAAAAAUUAUCUUUCAACCACUUGAGGUUACAAUGGGAAGUCGAGCUUUAAGAAAUUCUAAAUUUGGUGGCGCAGAACGAUUUCUUCUUGUGCAUUUUCGUGACGAAGAUAAUCGAAGAUUACGUGUUUCCAAUUCAAGUAUCAAGCAUAGAUUAAAAAACGCAAUGCUUAAUGGAAUUGAAUUAUGGAAGAAAACGUUUAAAUAUAUAGGUGCAAGCACAGGUCAAAUGAAAGAAAUGGGAUUUUGGUUUAUUGAUCUACCUCCGGAUUUGAAAGAUAUGAAAGACGCACGUGAUCUAUUAGGAAAGUUUGAUAAUAUAAAAAAUAUUGCUACAUAUAUUGCUCGUGUUGGUCAAUACUUUUCCACCACAUGGCCUAUUGGUAUUAAGUUGGUUAAAGUAGCAAACAAAAGUGAUAUACGUUCAAAUGAUGAAGCAUAUUAUGUUUAUGAAGAGAACGAUAUUAAGAGAAACGAUGGCAAAGGAAUUGAAUAUUGUUUUACGGAUGGUAUUGGUAAAAUAUCAUGGGGUUUAGCUGGACGUGUAGCUCAACAAAUGAAUAUUCCCUUAUACAGCAAAGAAGAUAUUCCAUCAGCGUAUCAAAUACGCGUCGCUGGCUGUAAAGGUAUGGUGGCUAUUGAUCCAGAAUCGACAUUGAAUGACUAUUAUAUUUCUGUACGUGGUUCAAUGAUAAAAUUUCCUAGUGAUGAUUGGAAUCUAGAAAUAUGUGAAUUCGCUCGACCUAUGACAUUAACAUUAAACAAUCAAGUAAUUCGUCUUCUGAGUGAUUUAGGAAAUCAUGAUGAUGUAUUUAUUGCUUUUCAAAAUCGAGGAUUUACUCAAUGGGAAGUGCCUGAAGAUCAACAACCGAGUGCGAUCGAUAUCGCAGUACAGAAAAAUGCGUCUUAUUCAUUAUCAAAAGAUAAUUUAAUUACAAAUCGUAUACCUAUUCCGCCAGAAGACGGUCGAAAUUUAUUUGGUAUAGCAGACGAAACUGGUGAACUGAAAUAUGGUGAAUGUUUUAUACAAUGCUCUUCAUUAGAUGCAGCAAACAAUGGUCAACGAAAAUUUCGCGUGAUUACUGGCUCCGUCCUCGUUACAAAAAAUCCAUGUCUAUGGCCCGGCGAUUUUCGCCAAUUACGAGCUGUUCGUAAUCGUAAAUUAGAAGAAUGUAUGCGUGAUGUUAUCGUAUUUCCAAUUAAUGGCCAUCGUCCACAUUCAAAUGAAAUAGCUGGCUCUGAUUUAGAUGGUGAUCAAUAUUGGGUUUAUUGGGGUGAUCGUUUAAGAAUAGAACAGAAUGUUGAACCUUUAUCAUAUGAAGGAGCAAAAAAAACAGAAGUAUCAUUAAUUACCCAAGAGAUCAUUGUUAAUCAUAUUGUUGAAUCAUUUGGAGCUGGUAUCAUUUUGGGUAUGAUUGCAAAUACUCAUACUGUUGUCGCAGACCAACACAAAGAACAUUCGUUCUCUAAACCUUGUAAAAAAUUAGCUGAAUUGUUUGCACUUGCUGUUGAUUCCCCUAAAACCGGGAAAUUUGUUGAUAAGGCGGAAAUUCGACCAUUUCAAGCAGAAUAUUGUAAAAGUUGGCCAAAAUAUAUGAGAAAAUUUGGUGAACCGUCAUACAAAUCAAUAAGUGUUCUAGAAAAACUUUUUUCAAAUGCUGUAGAAGAAUAUUAUAAAUGGCACGAAAAACCAGUGAUUAAUACAUUUCCACAAAAAAUGGGAGCUAUUAAAGGUGCAACAACAAGAGAAAUUCAAGAUCAUAAGUUUAAAAAAUGGCUUGAUGGAGAGACUUAUAAAGAAACUGUGAAUUCAAAGAAGCCUCAAGGGAAACUAGUUAAAGAACCUGGUAAUAAUGAAUCACCAGAUACUAGUUUAUUUACUACACCGAAAAAAACUACCAAACGUUCUACAACAGCAACAACAGAUAAUUUACAAUCAGAAACGAAAAAACUCGUUAAUAAAUUAUCGGAAGAUACACCAAAUCGGCCAGAAACACCAGUAAAACCAAAAUCUACAACAAAUCGAAAAGCAAAAAACACUUCUGAUGAAGAAAAGCCUAAUAUACUAAUAAAUUCUGACGUUUCAGCAUCUGUUGCUUCAUCACUGACCUCAUCUUUAACAUCCCUGAAUAGCGAUUCGUGUCAACCCGAUUUUCUCAUGGCUGUUGAUACAAAAACUUCAACUCUAAGUGUUAUACAAUUUUCCCCCGUCGCUGGAGCUUCUACGUACACAGUUAAUCUAAAUAAAGAAACAACAAACACUCCUGAUCGAGACGUGAUAGUAGGUAAAUUGAUGUCCUAUAUAGAAAAACAAGCUGUUUUCAAGAAAAAAUCAUCUCCGUACAAUGAAGCAAUCCAUGGAUCACUUUAUUUAAUGGUCUUCUAUGGUGAUAUAAAUUUUGUUGAACAAAAUCCAAUGCCUCAGAAACUUGGUGUAUUAGAAAAGCUUAUUGAAGAAAAAGAUGAUCAAUUUAUUGAUUUUAAACAUGCCGAUAUCAAUCGUUUACGCAUCCAAAGAGUAUCAUCGUCAACAACAAUGAAAAAUAAAAUAGAUUAUGAAUUUGAUUUUCGUUUAACUUUAACUUCGUCAGAAUAUUACACAUUGUUAUAUGAUAAAAACAAAACUCUGCAACAAAUACGUCUCUAUCGUAUAUGGUCGAAAUGUUAUGUACGUCAACCAGGUUUUAAUAUGGAUAGUUUAUAUGAAAUUCGUUCUGUCAUAACACACAAUACAGGCUCAUCGGAAUUUAAUAGAAUUGUUGAUUUAGUCUUACGACCUCAAUCAACUGGAUUAUUCGAUGGUCGUAGACCAAAUAUUAAAAUAAAUCGUAGUCUUCUUCAUUCGUCAGUCGUACCAAUCAGUCUCAAAGUUAUUGAAGAAGAUCAAGAAACUCGAAUAUAUUCAUUGACAUCUGAAGCUUUCUAUCGAAAGGUAAAAUAUGUAUCAAUAGAUGAACUACAAGAUAAACCGAAAAUAUCCUCAACCAUGGAAUAUCAUGUCUCACCGAUUAGUAAGGACCAAGACAUGUUGAAACAAGUCUGUGACUUUGCUUUGUUACCGACAGAGGAAUAA